ACUUACUAGUCCGACAUCACCCGUUCCGAGCUUAGUGUACGUACAUGGUAUUCAGGCUUCGAGUACCACCCCUACUUUCUAGUCUCCCUUGAGAGACUAAGGCUGCGUGAGUUCGUCGUACCAAAUGGGUGAAUCUCAUAGCGCAAGGGUGUCCUUGCUCGUUAGAAUCAUGCAUCAUGUUAUUAUCAUCAAGUACAAUUACAUUGAUUACCUAGGCUUCAUGUAAUCAUCAUCAAGAACAAGCAAAUUCAUUAAAUGUGUCAUCAUCGGUUUCGCUGAGCGUGUAGUUUGUAUUUUUUGUUGACUACACGUAGGUAACAAGAAGACAAUGAUGGAACCUUUCCCGGAGGGCAUUGAGUCAGAUUUUCAAAUGUGUCAUGAUUUGAUUAUUAUUGUACUUCCACAUUACUCUGAAAAUAUUUUUUUAAAUGGGUCGGGAUCUAGAGUCUGUAAAUUUAACAUUUAUAAGUAAUUGUCAUUUUCAAAUGUCAAGAGAAAUUUUUAUAUAACUCUCGUUUCACCUUAAUUCGUGUAAUUCCGGGUUACACGGAUUGGGGUGUUACACUAAGUGUGAAAUAUUUUGAUGUAAAAUUACUGAUGUGCAGGUUAGGACGACAGAAGGUGAUAUGAUAAUGACCAACAUAAUAUGUGUAAUGAUGUAUUUCGAACUAAAUAAUGGCCGGAAAUGAAAGACCAUGGACGCAUGGUUAAUGAGUAUUUGGUAACCUACUGACUUAUGAUAAUGACCUGAAGUUAUGUAUAGCAUAUGUGCACUAAUUGACUUGGCACUACGUUCCAUGAAUAAUGACCAAAAAAAUCUAUUUUUUGAAUAGAGUUGAUUUAAUAAUGGCCAAGAGUAUAGCCGACAGAUGUGGUCCUAAUAUUUCUGAGAUCCAGUUACUUGUUGAAUCUCAAAUCGCUGAAUACUAUCAAGGGAUGAAGCCCGAAGAUGAGAGGUUUGAGAAUGGAGAGAGAGAGACUAUCGAUUCAUUACACAGUGAGGACAGAGAGAGUGAGUCCACUGAGACCAGCUCUGAAGUUGGCAUAGUCAUUGCUGACAGCGAAUACGAGGAAAGUGAGAUGGAGGAUGAGCAGAUGCAAAGCUUUGGGAGCGAAUUGGAUGAAGAGCAGCCAGGUCUUGAGAUGGGCAGCCACUCCAGUCUCCUGGAAGAAGGGGUUGGCGUGGCUCAACCAAUUCCAGGCUUGCUUUCUCAUCGAGAGUGGAAAGUGAAGUUACUCUUUCUUUAUUCUUUGCAUUUUCAUGGGUAGUUGCACACAUUAUACUACAUACACAGCGAUGAUGAAUAUGUGAUUAAGUUGUCUAGGUCAAGUAGUUCAUUAAGGUACAUAAAGCGAGUGGUAGUAA